AGAAAUUGAUUGGUCGACAAACAUAUGCCUAACGAAAUGAACCAAUCAAUUUCCUUAUACUUAUGGCUAUGCGCUUAUGGAAAAGUGUGUGUUCCCCGCUUUAAUGUCUAUGAUUCAAAUUAUCGAAUAUGCAGCGAGUAAUCGACUUUUCUCGCGAUACCAACUAGAGUCAUCGCACGCUUGGUGAUAUAAGAAAUCAUCGAAUUGGCAAUACUGAAGAAUGUCCUGUCUGUCAGUGUGCAAUCGGGCGUGAAAAUUCGCGAUAUGUUAGCGAUAUUAGUUAGCACGAAUAUUAUUAUAAAUUGAGCCCGCGAAUCUUCCGUAUUUUCUCCCUUCUUUUUCUUAUUUUCGAGAAACGCGCGCGAGACAAAUACGGGAGGGGGAGGGGAGGAACCUGAAGAUGAGUCUUAGCCUGACGAAACUUUUCUCGAAAAAGAAGAGCGGUCCCGUCGACACCGUAGUCACGGAGAUUGGUUUUCCAACCAAUGUCUCGCACAAGUUCCACGUGAGCAAGAAUGCGGAGACCGGUCAGCUGGAGGGUCUGCCGGACCCGUGGAUACGUUUGCUCAACACGCAGAUUUCCAAAUCGGAGCAGGACGAGCAUCCCGAUGCCGCGCUCCAGGCGAUCAAGUUUUACAACUAUUCGAUCAAGCGUAAGCCGCAAGAUCAAGAGGUUUUCAAGCCAUUCGUCACGCAAGACUUGAUCGAGGAAGAGUCGCAGGAAAUCGACAAUAUCCUUACCAAGAAAUAUCAGUCGAAUAUCUCCGAUGACGGCUUCAUCUCCGAAAGACAAUCUACGGGCAAUCAAGCGCAGAGGUUACCCGAGUUGCCGCCAAAAGUCAACAAACCGCCGAAACCACCGCCAAAACCGGCGCCGCGCAAGUGCAACGAUCGGGUGGAGAAAACACUCACCGAGAUACUGGAAGAUUUAAAUCCGUAUCAGAUAGAUGACGAUUUAUCAUCGGAGAAGGAUGUUACGUCGAGCAAGAUCGAGGAGAGUCCCAUCCUGCGUAGGAAAACCGAGUGUAUUGGUGUGAGACUCAGUGACGAACAGGUAUACGAGGAACUCAGGGCUAUCUGUCAACGCGGAGAUCCUCAUUUGCGCUUUGAAAGAACUAAAGAGGUGGGUGCCGGUGCUUCGGGUACCGUGUUCAUAGCUGCCGACCUUCAACAUAAUCAAAAAGUAGCCAUAAAGGAUAUAGAUUUAUCCAAGCAGCCAAAAAAAGAAUUGAUAUUAACCGAGAUCAAAAUUCUCAAAGAGUUUCAUCAUCCAAACUUGGUGAAUUUUCUCGAUGCCUAUCUCGUCGACGAACAUCUUUGGGUAGUUAUGGAGUUACUGGAAGGUGGACCGCUCACAGAUGUAGUCACUGAGACUGUGAUGAAGGAAGUUCAAAUUGCAGCCGUUUGCAGAGAAGUCCUCAAAGCGAUAAGCUUCCUGCACACUAAAGGUAUUAUUCACAGGGAUAUUAAAUCAGACAAUGUGCUAUUGGGAAUGAAUGGUGCGGUGAAAGUUACAGAUUUUGGUUUUUGUGCUAAUAUUGACGGUGAUGAAAAAAGACAGACUAUGGUUGGUACUCCAUACUGGAUGGCACCAGAAGUAGUAACGAGAAAACAAUACGGCAAGAAAGUGGAUAUCUGGUCACUAGGUAUAAUGGCUAUAGAAAUGAUAGAAGGAGAACCACCUUACAUGAAAGAAACACCAUUGAGAGCGUUAUAUUUGAUCGCUGCUAUUGGUAAACCAUCUAUUCCAAGAUGGGAUAGUCUCAGUCCAAUGUUCCAAAAUUUUCUAGAGAGAUGUCUCGCUGUAGAAGUCGAUGAAAGAGCAACUGCUGAUGAAUUACUUUCUCAUCCAUUCCUAGAAAACUGCGCGGAAUUAUCCACACUUACUCCAUUAAUUCGUGCGGCGCAGAAAAUUCUCCAGAAAGCGUUCCAUUAAAUAUUUCUACAGAAUUCCAAAUUGUUGCAUUCAUAAUUCUGACUCAUGCUCUUUACAUAUUAUUAUAUUGAAGGCUAAAAAGAAGGUAUUUCAUGAUUAUUAUUUGAUUUUAAUUAUUAAUUUUAAGCUUAUUUGACUGCCUGUUAUUUUUACUAUGCUGGUUUAGAAAUCGAAGCAUAUAGUGCACUUUUAAUAAUCAUUUUAAGAUUAUUUUAUUGAGAAAAAAUCUAAUUAUACUUCAUGUGUCUUAUUUACUUAUAUUAUAAUUAUUUGUGGCAAAAUAUUAUGUGGAUAUAUAAAUACUUUGUGAAUAUAUUUAUUUCCAGUUUUAAUUUCUAAAGAGUUUAUCUUAUUAUGUGCAAUUUAUACAAUUUAUUGUAAUUUAGAUUUUUAUUCAAGUAUUCAUAUCAAGUAUUUCGCUCAAUAAUAUACUAAUGCACUAUAUGUUAUUAUUCAAAUGCAAUACUUAUCAAAACAAUAAUAGCUACACAAUAUUUUAUUAUAAUAUUUAGAUGUAAACAAUUGUGGAUAGAUUUUUAUAUCUUUUGUGCAAGUUUUAUAUCUUUUUUGAGAGAUGAGAGGACUAUAUACAUUUAUUAUAUCGUAUUUUUAUAACAUUGUCACCAACAAAAUAUCACAAUUUUAGAAUUUUUUUCUUAAAACUGUACUUAUAUAGAUCACUGUGGAAACAUAAAUACUAUAAAAAUGUAUGUAACAAGGAAGACAAUAUUAAAAUCAAUUAUAGUCUGUUAGCAAAUAAAAUAUUAAACUUUAGCUGUGCUCAUUUAAAGGGAGAAAACAGCAGAAUUGAACAUAUUUAUAUCGAGAAAUCAUUACUGAUCAUAUGUGAAACAAUUUUAAAAAAUUCUGAAUAUGAAAUUGAGCAAUCCCUUGUAUAAUAUCAUGAGAGACAAAUAAUGUCUAUAAUUAAGUAUUAUGAGUCGAGUGUGACAGCAAGCAUUGUACAAUGCAUCCUUUUAAGGUUAUUGCGAUACACAUAGUUUUAUAAGAUUUUACCUCCACUCUUUUAUAACAUAUAUUCUUUUUGAAAACUUUUAUGUAAGAGCACAAUAUUGCUCAACCAAAUAUUAUAUUCGUAUAGCUAUUUUAUAAUUGAUAUGUACAUAAAUUAAUGUUCUAUAAAAAAAAGGUUUGUAAUGCAAUGCUUAUGUAUGUAAUGGGAUUAUUCUAAAGAAUGAAUGUUUAGAUAUUUAAGAUAAAAAACAUUUGAGCAGUAAUAUCAAGUAUGUUUAAAAUCACGACUGUGAUAAGCAAGAAAGUUAAGUCAUACUUUUUGUGCUCUAUAUUCUAUACCACAUACAAUACAGUAAAAAUUAUAUUAAGAUAAAUUAUAAAAUACUAAAAAUAUCAAAUUAUGAGACAUCAAAGUUUGAAAUACAAUUAUUACAUGUUAUAUAAUAUAAGCUGGCCAAGCAUUGCUUGACAAUCAUGGUGUUAAAAAAUAACAUGUAUGUAAAUGAAUAUAUUUAAAUAAUAUUGUAAUCGUUUGCAUGAUUUUCAAUAAGGAACACAUUAUCAAUUUUUUCUAAUUUUUGUAGGAUUUACACUCUCAUAGAUUUUGAGAAAAGUAUUUAAAAGGGCAAAAUGAAAUGUGAAAGACAUUUUAUAGAAUAUUCUAAUAUUUAUGUGCCUUAUUAAACAAAAACAUAUGAUUUUAACUAUUGUACAAACAGAUAUAAAAAUAUUAUUAUCAAUUACAAUAAAAUAUGUUAUAUAUGACAAAAAUUAAAUAUUUGUACAAAAUUCGUGCUAUUAUUAAUUUAUGUAUUAGGGAAAAAGAUUAAUGUUUAUCGAUAUGCUGGUAAA